AUGAAGGUGGCGGACCUGGCGCAGCCGGACGCCGUCGACGCGUACAGGCCGUCCCUGUACCGCAGGACGCUGCCCGAGGGCCUGUGCGUCCCGUUCUCGUCCGUCGAGGGGCGGCAGGUGUUCGCGGAGGCGCUGUCGCAGGGCACGCUGUCGGGGUUCUUCAACCUCGUCGAGCAGUACAACACGCAGAUCGAGCCCGCCUUCUGCGGCCUCACGUCGCUGGCCAUGGUGCUCAACGCCCUCAAGGUGGACCCGCGCCGCGUCUGGAAGGGCCCCUGGCGCUGGUUUCACGAGGAGAUGCUCGACUGCUGCGAGCCGCUGGACAAGGUGCGCCGCGACGGCAUCGUGCUCGCCAAGGUGGCGUGCCUGGCGCGGUGCAACGGCGCGCAGGUGCGCCUCGUCGGGCACGAGGACGGCGACGUCGAGCGCUUCCGGGAGGACGUCCGCGCGGCCUGCACCGCGGGGACGCGGCACGUCAUCGUGUCGUACGACCGCAGCUCGCUGAAACAGACGGGCACGGGCCACUACAGCCCCGUCGGCGGGUACCACGCGGGGCGCGACCUCGUGCUGAUCCUGGACACGGCGCGGUUCAAGUACCCGCCGCACUGGGUGCCCCUCGACGAGCUCUUCCGCGCCAUGGCCCCCGUGGACCCCGCCACGGGCCGGCCGCGUGGGUACAUCGUCCUGGAAGCCAAGAGCCCCAGGUCGCUGCUGUUCUCGCUGGACCUGUCGCAGCGGGACUGGCGGGACUCGCACCGGUUCGUGGCGAGCGACGUGGCGCGCAUCGCGUCGCAGUACCGAGGGGCCGAGCUGCGCGAGCUCGUGGCGGAGCUCGUGGCGAACAUGCCGCGCGGGGCGCCGGAGUUCGUGGGCGUGCGCGGCGGCAGCGUGGGGCUGGCGGAGCGCUGCAGCCAGCUGCCCGAUGGCACGUGGGACCACCGCUGCGUGCCCGUCGACCAGCAGCGCAACCUGCUCUCCGAGAUCCGCGCCACGCAGGCGUUCGGCGCCGUCCGGGGCGCCCUCGGCGACGGCAGCGACGGCGCAGGGGCCCUCUUCCGGGCGGAGCGGAUCACGAUGCUGCUGCUGAUGGCCCCGCCCGGGAGCUGGGAGGGCGUGGCCGACGCGGCGCUGCGGAGGGAGGCGCUGGCGGCGUUCGACACCAAGCAGGAGACCCUGUCCAUCGUGGGCAGCGAGGCGACGUACCUGCAGGAGCAGAUGCGACACGUGAGCGGCAUGGCGGCCGCGCAGCCGGACCCGCAAGGCUCCGCUUGA